CCCGAACUCUAUCUUGCAUCUUUCUCGGUACCCCCCAUCGGAGCGAUGUCGCGAAGCGCGCUAACUCGAGUGGAGCUGCAGCAAGCUCUUGCGAACCGUGCUGCCGUCGCGAAUGCAAUGGUUCCAAUGAUGUAUCCAGCCGCGGCGAUGCAGGUUCCUAUUGACCCGUAUUAUGUGGAAGAAGCCCGCAGGGUGAAGGAGAACCAGCUCCCCAUUCACGGCAACCAGUCGACGUACAACUUCAACACACUGCUCUACGAUAACGUGAUGAACUCGGACUACUUCCGAAAGCUAUAGUAUGUCUCGAGGAUCUCCAUUCAUGACUGUUCCACGUUUGUAGCGAGCUGACUACGUACCAUGAAGUCGUCGAUGAAAUCUACUACCGCGUAGACCAUGCAGAGCCAUGGGCUGCAGGGACGUCUCGCAUUCCAUCAACAUGCUUUUGCUUGUUAAUGAAGUUCUGCACGAUGCGGCUCACUAUUAACCAAAUGCAAGGUCUCCUCAAGCACGUGGACUCGCCUUACAUUCGAUGCGUGGGCUUUUUGUACCUUCGGUACACGUGCGACCCCGAGUUGCUGUGGGAAUGGUACGAGCCGUACCUUGGCGACGACGAAGAGUUCAAUGCAUCUUCCAACGAUGCCAUUCGCACCACGAUGGGGGCGUGGAUUCGGUCGCUGCUUGAAGAUAUCAACUACUUCAACACGAUUUUGCCUCGCAUCCCCAAGAAAAUCCAGGAUGGCAUCAAAGUCAAGCUUUUGUUGUACGACCAAACGAAGAAACGCCACGACGAAAACCUUGCGAUUGUCGAGUUCUUGGUCAAAGGGACGAAAAUCAAAGCCAUGUACAGCGACGAGGACAACGCGCCAGCGAUGUACGAUGCCGUGAUCGACGACGUGGACGAAGCCACGCACGAGUACUGGGUGACGUUUCCAGAGUACGGCAACACGGAAAAAGUGACGCUGGGCGACAUUUUGUUUGAAAAGCCUGCGCCGCCAAAGCGUUCGCGGUCCAAGACCCGAUCGAUCUCGAGAUCGCGCGAUCGGCACCACCGCAGCAGCCGCCGACACGACCGGUCGACGUCGCGCAAUCGGGAUCGCCGGAGCAGCGAGCGCCCGCGCAGGGACCGGCACCACCGAAGCAGUCGCCGAUCGCCAUCGGACGAUAGAUCGCGUCAAUGCAACCGCCACCGUCGCUCGUCUCGCUCGCGCAGCCGAGAUCGAAAAGACACAACGUCUUCGUCCGGUGCGUUAGCCGACGACUUGCUCGCGCAAGUGCGAGAACAAGAGCGCCGAAAAGCUGAAGCCGUCGGCAAAGACUACGCGGCUCGACCGGCCAGCUACAAGGGAUCGUUGUCGCUCAGACAAGACCGAUUCACGACCCGAAAGCGAUCGCGAAGCCCGACGAAGCGCGAGGUGGAGUUUGUCGAACUGGAGAAACCCAAAGAAGGUCACAUGUCGACAUCGCGGUCAGCGCCAUUGUCUCGCGAGGCGGAGGAGCGUCGCCGUAAGCUUCUGGAAACGUACGGCGAUGCCGCAGCCAAGAGCAAGCCAAAGUCGUUCGACUAACAGAUGAAGAAUUGUACGAUCACACGUUUCGAAUGGAUUGCUUGUUCACUUUUCAGUGUCAUUUGCGGCACGCUAUUUACUCCACCGUAACAAACUCGUCGGCAGCCAAUUCGCCAGAGGCCUUGAUGACAACCUUCUGCGAAGGAGUACCGGACCCGGCGCCGACUUUUUCGACGGCUUUAACCACGUCCAUCCCGCUGACAACACGGCCAAACACAACAUGACGGCCAUCCAACCACGAGGUCUUGACAGUGCAGAUGAAGAAUUGCGAACCGUUCGUGUUGGGGCCUGCGUUCGCCAUGGACAACGUGCCCGCGCCUUCGUGCUUCAGCUUGAAGUUUUCGUCUUCGAACUUUUCGCCAUAGAUGGAUUCGCCGCCAGUGCCCGUGCCGUGGGUGAAGUCACCGCCUUGAAUCAUAAAGUCCGGGAUAAUGCGGUGGAACGUGCUGUCCUUGUACCACAAAGCCUUGCCCGUCUUCCCGAGGCCCUUUUCACCAGUGCACAAUGCACGAAAGUUUUCGACUGUCUUCGGGACGGUCUUGCCGUACAAACCCAUGACGAUACGUCCGGCAUCGCGGCCACCGAUCGUAAUAUCAAAGAACACUUGGUGCGUAAUCUUGGGGCCCGCCGCCGACACGACGGCGAGAACCGCGAGGAGCGUCACACACAGCGCUUUGAAUGACAUGGUCGACAGUUAAGUGCAA